AUGUCGACCUCAAGGCGGUCGAACUCGGCCAAGCCGGAAGACCUGGUGAAGGUACUGCGGGCCCACCUACCCAAUGGUCUGGAUAAGAAGUAUCUAGACCACGAGCCCUCGAUGAUCGUUUCGGCCUAUGAGGAGUUGAUUUCCGAUGUCCUCUUAAGGACACCUCGACCGACCAAGACUUUGCUGCAGGCUGCAGCUGUUAAGUCGUGGGAGCAGGUCAAGGGGUCAGAAGCUGAGACGUGGGCAGAGAGGGUGGCGAAAGCUGUCAGUUACUGCUACAGUAAGCGGCUCCAGGUAAGCACCUGUGCGAGACAGCCUCCAGCGGUUCGAAGGAUCAUCCAGCAGAUCAGCAAGAACAUUUUUGGUUCAAAAGCCCGUGAGGAGAGUAAGCCCAAGCGAGCCUUGAAGCCUGCCCCGUCGGAUGCCAGCACGAUCGCGAAGCGAAAGCGAAGCAAAAGCAAGCACCUUCCUGUUGACCUUGACAGCAACCAGGCCGAGAAGAAGCAGCACACUGGCAGCCCCAGCAGCCAAGGUAUGAGCAACGAAAUGCUUCGAAGCUUGUAUGGCCUCCCGCCCACCUCCAACCCUAGCAGCAGCUCCAAAGGUGGAGCUGAAACUGCUUUGGAUGUGGAUGCUGAGAUAAUCGACAGCUCCUGUGAGGAGAUUGAGGGCGAUGUCGGCGAAGGUGGCAAGGUUAUCGAGGGCGGGCCCGCCGAUGCUGCUCCGAAUCCGUUGCAGUUCUGGGAUGGUAGCAUGCUCGCGAUGGUGCGAACGAUCAGAGGCAAGAAGAUUGCGGCCAAGAUGGAGGAAGGUCCGAAGGGGCCCAAGCAGAUCAAAAGGAAACCGAAGAGCAAGGCGAAGAGCAAGGCGAAGGCGAAGAGCAAGGCGGGCAAGGCGAAGGCGAAGGGCAAGGCCAAGGUUGUUGCGAGAAGACCGGCUGCAGCAGAAGACCCUCCACAUGAUGAUCAUGAUGCUCCAGAAGUUGCUCCUGAUGCUGUUGUACCCAGCGAGGGUGAUGAGCAGGCAGGAUAUCAGUACGACCCCGAGGUCCCGGUGCCGGAGGAUGCCCUCUACACGUGCAUGUACUAUAAGAAAGACAACAAGAUCGGAGUCCGGAUCAUUGUGAAGUUCGAUGGAACGAAGUUCGAAAAGCAAGUGUUUUCUUUCGGCGGCCGCCGCUGUGACAUGUCCGAAGAGGCAUUGAGAAAGAUUGGUUGGCAAUCCGUGGCAAAGAUGCGGGAAGAAAGGCAGACCCCUGCUGUCGUGGAGAGCUGGGCCAAGGGACAGGUGUGA